AGGAAGAGGAAACUUUACAAGAUAGAAAAGAGAAAAACGAGUUUUUAAAAUUUUUACAGUUUUUAGGUGUUGAGCAUAAAAAGAAGAAAGAGAAAAAAGACAUGGCUGAAAUUGAAAAUGUCGAAUGUUCUAUUCCUAUUUCUGAUUUUGAACAAUUAUUUGCUAAAAAAGACGAUAAAGAACAGUUAGCCUGGAAACAACUGAAGACAGUAAAAUAUGAAAGAGACAUUAUUUACUUUGGCUCGAGAACAAAUAUUUCUUGGCAGGUAGAAAAAGACAUUAAAUUUCAAGAUGAACUUGGUAAAAAAAAUGAUGAUUCAAACAAAGUAAACUUCAUACCACAAAAAGAGUUAAUUGAAAAUGAUAUAAAAAACCAGACACUUCGAAAAUUUACAUCAGAGAUUGAAGAGAAGGAUAAACUAUAUUCACAAACACCCAAAUGGGAUGGUAAGAUAAAUGAUAAAAAUAGUAAACUUCCAGAUCAACGCAUUUUCAAAAAUCAGAAACAAAACUGGCUAUUGGAUAUAGAUCCUUGGCUUGCAGAAGAAGAACCUUGGAAAACAAUGGAAGCAGAAGAAAAAUGUUUUUCGCUUAAAUUAAUUCCAGAUAAUAUUCUCAAUAUUAGUGAACAUUCAAAAGCAGAGAAAAACGACACAGUUCAGAAAAAGUGUGAGGAGGAAAUGGUUAAUAAAGUAGGUAAAAAGAAAAUCAUGCUACAAAAAUAUCUUACAACCCAAGAAGAGAAUCUCUUUGCAGAGUUGAAAAAAGAAGCAGAAAAAAACUAUCACGAAUUAAACAAAAACUUACUACUUUCAGGGAAAUUAAAUGAUUUUGAGAGGAAAUGCUGUAAAGUUUACAAGAAGAACCAUAAAUGUAAGCGACUACCAACGAAAGAAAAACAGGAUGAUGAUAAAAAUUAUUAGAAGACUCCAAUAAAUUGAUUUCUCAAAAAUACACCGACGAAGAGAAACCAUUACAUCCGUUGUUUGGCAACAAAGCUGUAUUGGCAAAACAGUUUUUAAAAAAAGAAAAAAUACAAUUUUCUUUGUGUCAUCAAGACACUAUUAAAGAAAUUUAUAAGAAGAUAGCAAAGCCUCAGCACAAACAACAUUCCAAGCUGAACAAGAGAGAAAAAGAAAUUAAGAGAACGUUAAAACCUUGUCCUAUAACAAUUUAUCCCAUACAGAAAUUUACAAUUGAAAAAGAUCCAAAGGAAAAUUUAUCAUCUAAUCGAGAAAAAUUAUCUGAGCUCCAGUGGAUAGUCAAAGAAGGAAAAAAUGACAAAAACAGCGAGGCAGAAGAUGAAUACAAUUUGAAAUUUGUAAAUUUGAAAUUUUA